AUGGACGAGAAGAGAGCGGUGCCCAAGAGGCUAUGGGACACGUUUCAGGAAAUCCCCACCAUCAAAGAUGAGCAGACUCCAUGGAAAUUCAUCCAGCUGGUCCGGGUCUUCUCCAUGUGUGUGGUGGCCGUGGUGGUGUUUGGCCUGGCUUUGUGCAGUAAGACGUCGUUCCUGCUCCUGAUCACCAUGUCGAGUGAGGGCACAAAGGUGAUCCCAGAGGAGCAGAAGCCAGUGUCUCUGCUGUGCAUCGGCUGUGCUCUCAUCACCUCCAGUGUGCUCCUCUUCCUCAAGAGCGUCUGGAAGGCCUGCUACAAAACCUCCAAGUUCCCCCGUGUUGCCACAGUUGCCCUGGUGUUCUUCUUUGAGUUUGUGGCCUCUGCAGGAGCAGCUAUCCUCACCAUAGUGGCUAUGCCACAUUUGGACAUUGUGACCAAUGUGACCAUCUUGAACGGAGCAGCGUUUCUGUCUGCACUGCUGCAGAUGGUGGCUCAGUGCACUGCCAAAGGGAGGAGGCGCUUCCUGGUGCCCUCCAUCACCGGCCUCCUCCUCAUCUUGCUGGGCUACGGCCUCUUCGUGGCUCUGUACAUCAUGAAGGACACCAGGGACUUAAACAUGGCCAUGUGGGUGGGGCUGGCAGUGGGAGCCUCUCUGUUGGUGUCUUUUAACUGGUGGGAAAACUACUUUGGACUGAUUAGUGAGCAUAGCAACUCCUUAAAGGUCAGAGUUUUGUAUUAUGACAUGAAGAGAUGUCAGAACAUUCUCAACAUGUUCUCCAGCCUGCUCCGGAUCGCUGUGACCGCCUUAAUACUGGGAGCCUAUGUCCCUCUGUCCAGAAUGGACUGGGAUGUGGUCAGGUCCAUCCCGGCACCACAGACCCGGGUCAUAGCCAUCACGGUGGGGGUGCAGCUGGUGUCCUCUGCUCUGUGCCACUGGUUCUCCCUGGCAGCGUGUAAAAUGCAUGCCAUGCGGCGCUGCUUCAUCCUGCCUCUGUACCUGGCCUCUCUGUCUGUCAUGGCCCUGCUGGUGAUCCCUGUGAUCGUCUAUUAUCAGGACUACAGGCUCAACCUAAACGGCGCCACCACCAACUUCACUCACUAUUGUAAUGUGGUGGUGAGUGGUCGAGAUGGUAACCUGAGCUCCAGUGUGUUCCCUGAGCUGGUCUAUGACGUCACCCACACACUCUGCUUCCUGGACAUGUCUAAGAUCAGUGACAUCGGCAUCCUCACCGGCUCUGCUGUGUCGUGGUGGCUCGGCCUGGUGCUCUGUACCAUCCACCUGUGGCACCUGAGUCUGUACCGCAUCCAGAGGACUCAGGACCUGUUUGUGCGGAGGAUGUACGAAGGGGGCUUCAUAGAGCAGUCUCUGCUGCUCAACACACGCUUUGAGGUCAAGAUGAGCCCGAGAAUUAAACAGUGA